GCGCGUAAAACCUCGGACCCUCAAUUCCUACCUACAACCUCGAGGUCUUGUAUGUACUCUUCUCAGUCUUGCUUUCACACAUUUGACGAGAACCUGCGAUACUUCUCUGUUUGCGAGCGCUCUCUAUUCAACUCCUCAAGCUUGUUACCAUGGGGGACCAGCAACCAAAUAUCGCUGCUAUUCUGGCUGCUCUGGCUGCACAGAACAACAAUGCGCCUCCAGCACAACAGCCUGCCUACCAACAGCCCCCUCCCCAGCAACAGCAGAAUCCUUAUGCGCCGCAGAGUAGCUAUUCUCUGCCCCAACCCUCCAACUCUGGCAGUGUAGACCUGAGCAAUAUCAAACCUGUCAAUUCUGGAACGGUUAGCAUUGCUGAGGCAAUAGCAAAGGCCAAGGCGAUCGCUGCAGCGAAGGGCGCUCCAAUCGGAUCCUACGAGAGACCUCCUUCCUACGACCCAAACCCCCACCAAGGUGCUGGAAGACCAUAUCGAACAUCAAGAUCUCGAUCCCGCUCCCCUCCUGCGCGCCGUGAAGCCUUCCGCGACAACUUCAACCCAUACAGAGAUGAAAGACGAAAUGAUAGAGCACCUGCCGCUCGUGACUACCGUGAGCGAUCAUUCUCCCCAGGUCCGAGAGGCAGAGGUCCUGCUGGCUUCUCUCCACAAGCCGGUGGCUAUCGCUCUCCCCCAAGAGGAGGUGGUGAUGACAGCGCUGUGGAGUCAAUUCAAAUCGAGUCGAACUUGGUGGGCUUGAUCAUUGGCAGACAGGGAGAGAAUCUGCGACGUGUAGAGGCGGAUACUGGGUGCAGAGUCCAAUUCAUUACUGGGCAGGACGAGACUGGACCUUACCGAGAAUGCAAGAUCACAGGAUCCCGAGCAAACCGUGCAAAGGCCAAGGCAGAAAUCAACCGCAUCAUAGACGACAGUGGCAUGGCUGCAAAUGCUCGUGCUGCUGCGGAGAGAGCUCGAGAUGCCCCUCCAGUUCGUGGUGCUUCUCAUCAACCUGCGUUGAGAGAUGGAGAGGACAGCAUGCAGAUUAUGGUACCCGACCGGACCGUGGGACUAAUUAUUGGGCGGGGUGGUGAAACUAUUCGAGAUCUUCAAGAACGGAGUGGGUGCCAUGUCAAUAUUGUCGGCGAGCAGAAGAGCGUCAAUGGCCUUCGACCAGUCAAUUUAAUUGGCUCGAGAGAAGCUGCAGCUCGGGCCAAGGACUUGAUCAUGGAAAUUGUUGAGAGUGAUAGCAAGACCAAUAACGAAAAGCAAGGCCCACCCGCUAGGGCUACUGGUCGGGAUGCUGGUCAUGGUGGUGGGUACGGAAAUGCAGCUCCUGGUGGAGGCGACACUAGCAAUGACUCGAUCUACGUUCCAUCAGAAGCAGUCGGUAUGAUCAUUGGCAAAGGCGGAGAGACAAUCAAGGACAUCCAGGCAACUACCGGUUGCAAGAUCAACGUUUCACCAAAGCAGGCUGGAGAAACUGAUCGUGAGAUCGGCUUGGUUGGAUCUCGAGAUGCCAUUGCAGCUGCAAAACGUGCUAUUGAAGACAAGGUUGAAGCAGUCGCAGCAAAGACUGGUCGCGGAGGAGGUGGAGGUGGUGGAAAUCGUAAUGAUUAUGGCGAUCGAUCCUAUUCCCAACCAUCAUAUUCGCAACCCCAAGGUCAAAAUCCGCAGCAAGCACCUCAAGCAGCACCGGCUGCAGGAGGAGAAGAUCCCUAUGCCGCAUAUGGCGGCUAUCAAAACUAUGUUGCUCUGUGGUACCAAGCAAUCGCAGCCCAACAAGCUCAAGGAGGAGGUGAUCCCUCGAAGCCACCUGGAACCUCGUAACUGACGACAUGAAAUGACCCGAAUGCCGGACACGACGCCUGCUUGACUACAUGACCCGCAUGAUUUUGCAUAUAUUCCUGCCUAAGAUUGCAUUGAGACCAUGAUGUUGAUAUGGAUCCAUCUGACAUGCCUACAUGCACAUCCUGACACUGGUACCAUUUUCGUAUUGGCGAUGGCCGUCUGACUUGGCGAUGAUCGAGACUGACCCGACCUCAUGCAUUGAACUCUUGCUUGACAUGAUCUCAAUACCGACGACUUGAUACCAUGACUUGCAAAGGGUGUUCAACUUUGCCACAUGCUUGCUUGGAUCAGACCAGAUGAGUUGACACAGACACUUCAGAGACCUCAAUUCUUCCGCUUUUCUUAAUAUUGCUGCUACGAUAACCACUCGGAUGAAUCACAAGGCGCCUAAGCAUACUAUUGACUUUUGACAAACAAUGCCUUGUCUUUGACGUUGCACUUACCGGACAGGAGGCUGAUUGAUAGCAUUCUAUGAGGAGUUCUUGGAUUAUGGAUGGAAAAUUGUAAGAUAGUGAGUAGUUAGUUGACGAAAAAGCAGUGUCCUGAGAAUUGUCUAGCCUGCUGCCAAAGAGCCUGGAGUCAGAAUGUUGCCAGGCUUGAGAUGACCCUAAAGGCUUUCACUUGCCCAAUGCCGCUACAGCGGUGAAAAGAUCAUUGACUUGAACUUCUACUUGGGAUUAAGUAGCUGAGUUUUAGAUGUAAAAUGAGCCUUUCAAUAGUAAUGCUUCAUCCCAACACAAGAUCCAUUCCGCUUGAGCUUAUCUCAUAAAUCAGACCCUCCUUUGGUAGUAAUUCGUGCCACGCCCUACAUAUCCAGCCUUUAGCGUCUCGGUAAGCAAGUUAGUGUAAAUUAAAGUAAAUUAAAGUAAAUAGGCUAAUCAGAUACUAGGGAUAGGGCGAGCCUACGAAUUCCCACCGGAGGGUCUAAGGGAAAAUAGU